AUGGAUCAACAACUUAUUUUGGAUGUAAUUGAGCUUGUCUCCUCCGGUGAUGAAAGUGUUGUUGGAACCAGCCUACAAGAAAUUUCUGAAAAAAUGAAUUUAAGUAGAAUAAAUUACAUUCAGUCGGAUCGUCAAAAUAUAAUAUUUCCUGGAUUGUUCAAUGGAACAUUAUUUCAGUCUUUUAGCCGAAAUUGUAUUGAUCAAUUAAUACUGAGCUUACCACCAGUUUUUUUUAAGGAUCUAGUAAGAGGUGGGUUCGAUAAAGCUACCAAAUCAAUGGGAGCCACAAUAAAAAAUUUAUUUUUUUAUGAUAAGGUGAUUACUCCCACACACCUGGAGGGUAAUCACUGGACGUUUACAGUGGUUAAUAUUAAAAGUCGUAGCAUAACUUUAUACGAUAGUAUUAAAUCUAGUAUAUAUGAAGACCAAAUUAAUUUACUAGUCGAAUUUUUGAAUCAUGCAUACCUUAAAUAUGAGAAGCCGGUUGAUGAUCAACGAUUAGAAUGGUCAUUAAACUUUGGUGAAUCCCCGUUACAAAAUAAUACGUCUGAUUGUGGUGUAUUUACAUGCACAAAUGCCAGACAUGUUUUACUGGGAAAACCAUUAUACUACACCCAGGAAGAUGCCCCACUCUUACGACACAGAAUCACAUUUGAAAUUCUAAAUAAUGUGUUGUUACCUACUCCGGAUAUUUCAUAA